UCGUUUCUUUCUACUGGGCAUCACUACCCUUGAUAUUCUGCUUCCUGUUGCUGCACGGUUUCCUUUUGGCAAUCCUCACUCCAUCCAGUUCUGUUACUGUGUAUUGCGUCAGUGCAGCCUUUCUUCGAUUCGUCGUUCCAGAAUCUACCUUGCCAUUCGUCGCCCGACUCCAGUAGCAACGCAGCUACCAUGACCGACGCUAGUACGCCCAGUAGCGACCAGUCUUUUGUCACCAAUCCGGAGCAAUGGCUCGAAUCCUUAUGCAAACGCGAAGAGUUGCUCUGUAUCGUGAUUUUCCGCGGUGCCUGGUGCAAGUACGAUCGACACUACUUGCGUAAGCUCGGAGAGCACCACCAGAACGUGAUGAAGGACGACAAGACACAGUUAGUGGCGUGGACUAGUCAAGGCGCCCAAGCCGCGCAACAGGCGGAUGAAGAAUGGGGCCUGACUAAAGAAUUCGGCUACGACAUGGUGCUCGGCGACGAGACCAACGCGCUCGCAAACUGGCUCAAGGAGGACGAGAUUCUGCCCAGUAUCGUAACCGCGACACCGGAAGCCGCGCACGUCCAAGACCUCGUUCCGGAUAGCGACAACGCCUAUCCCAACGGUAUUGUCAUGCCUGCUAUGGUCUGGUACGCUCAUCACGGAAAUUUGGUUGCGACCUGGACGGCCUCUUGCGAAGCUCCCGGAUAUGGUGGCCCCAAACGUCCCGAUCCCACUGAUCUCUACGAGCAGGUGCUCAAGCGCAAGCAUGCUCUCGAUCACGGCAGCGCCAUUAUGCCCGUACACGGGAAUGAACUCAAAAUGUGCACGAAUGAUUGGGAAGUGACCGCUGCGAAUUGUGAUGUUUUGUAAAGCAAAUAGAAAGUUAUUAGUGCAGCGUCGUUAUUCGAUUGCACUAGUAAAAAUCUCAUGUUCGC